UAUGCUUUAUAGAGCAUUAUUUUUUUGAAUAAUUAACAAGUCCCUGCUCCCUGCUCCUUGCUCCCUGCUCCGCUAAGGAACACCACCAUGAGAUUGAAAACCUACCGCGGCCAGAUCCUCCUCCCUACAACAACCACCGCCAUACUCAUCCGCCGGUACGGAACAAAAUAUACAGCGAAAAUAACCUCAACAUCACCAACGGGAAGAACAGUCUCAGCCCAAGUAACCCCACCUCAACCUCUCCCCUCCGACUCCCGUGGCUACCCAAUCCCCCGCCGUCAACUCAUCUGCGAAGCCACCCAAAUUCUCCUCCAAACCCACCGAUCUCCCCAAAAACUCCUUGACCCCACCGACCCUUUCCUUUGCCUCCAAAACUACCUCUCCGCCCUCUCCAUUUCCCUCACUCCCAACGAAGCCUCCGAGAUUCUAAAAUCCCUGAACUCCCCGUCUCUCGCUCUCAGGUUCUUCCACUUUUGCCCAUCCCUUUCCCCUAAUUUCCACCACGACUGCUUCACCUACUCUCGCAUCAUCCUCAUCCUCUCCAAAUCCAACCUCCCCGAUAGGUUCCACCUCGCCAGGUCCAUCGUAUCUGAGAUGGAGAGGAAUGGGGUUCGUGGGUCAAUCUCCACCGUUAAUAUAUUGAUUGGUUUUUAUGAGAAUAGUGAGGACCUGCAGAAGUGUAUUGGGCUGAUAAAGAAAUGGGGAUUGAGGAUGACAGGAUAUACUUAUAAGUGCUUGGUUCAAGCUUAUUUGAGGUCACGCAAUACUGAAAAGGGUUUUGCGGUUUAUUUGGAGAUGAAGAAGAAAGGCCACAUGCUUGAUAUUUUUGCUUUUAAUAUGCUCUUGGAUGCCUUGGUCAAAGAUAGCGAGGUUGACCAUGCUUAUAAGGUUUUUGAGGACAUGAAAAGGAAGCAUUGUGAGCCAGAUGAAUAUACGUAUACCAUUAUGAUUAGAAUGACUGGAAAGAUUGGUAAACCUGAUGAAUCAUUGGAACUCUUUGAGGAAAUGUUGAAUAAGGGCUACUCUCCUAAUGUAAUUGCUUAUAACACCAUGAUCCAGGCACUUGCUAAUGCCCGGAUGGUGGAUAAGGCCAUUCUUCUUUUCUUGAAGAUGGUGGAGAAAGAGUGCCGGCCUAGUGAAUUUACAUAUAGCGUCAUCCUCCAUCUUCUGGCUACAGAGAGGAAACUUCAUAAGCUGGAUGAGGUUGUGGAAGUGUCAAAGAAAUAUAUGAGUAGGUCAAUAUAUGCAUAUCUUGUAAGGACUCUGAAAAAAUUGGGCCAUGCAAGUGAAGCUCACAGGCUGUUUUGCAACAUGUGGAACUGCCAUGAAAGGGGGGAUAGGGAUGCAUGUGUGUCCAUGUUGGAGUGUUUAUGCAGUGCUGGUAAAACAACAGAGGCCAUUGACCUGCUGGGUAAAAUUCACGAGAAAGGAGUAAGUGUUGAUACAGUCAUGUAUAAUACAGUAUUCAGUGCACUUGGCAAGUUAAAACAAAUAUCUCCUCUUCAUGAUCUUUAUGAAAAGAUGAAGCAAGAUGGUCCUUUGCCUGACACAUUCACCUACAAUAUUCUGAUCUCAAGCUUUGGUAGGGCAGGGAAAGUUGACGAGGCUAUUAAAAUAUUUGAGGAACUUGAAGAUAGUGAUUAUAAACCUGAUACAUGCUCGUAUAAUUCUUUGAUAAAUUGCCUUGGGAAGAAUGGUCAUCUUGAUGAAGCUCACAUGAAGUUUAAGGAAAUGUGUGAAAAAGGAUUGAAUCCUGAUGUUGUGACAUACAGCACUCUCAUAGAGUGCUUUGGAAAAACAGAUAAAGUUGAAAUGGCUUGCAGGUUAUUCGAUGAGAUGCUUGCUGAAGGUUGCUAUCCUAAUAUUGUAACUUACAACAUCUUACUUGACUGUCUUGAGAGGAGUGGAAGGACUGCUGAAGCUGUUGAUUUGUAUGCAAAACUCAAACAGCAAGGUUUAAUCCCUGAUUCAAUUACAUAUUCAGUGCUUGCACGAUUGCAAAGUGGUUCACAUAGAAAAGUUAGAGUUCGCAAGCAGAAUCCUAUUACAGGUUGGGUUGUUAGCCCGUUAAGGUGAGGAGGAUGAUCGUGAUGGCCCCAAAGUUGGUCCUCAAUUUGUUUGUGGCAAUAUAGAUGACCUGCUUCUUGGUGAUGACCAAUUGCCUGUAUGCUUUGGCAAGGCGCCGUAUUGGUUUGGGAUUGGAUCCUGAAUUUCAAUGGAUGAUAUUUUCUCUAUCAAAGAAGAGCAGCCUCAACUAUUGCAAGUAUUACUGCAUCUUGGGGAAAUAAAGUUCAUCCUAUUCUUUUAGCAAGAAUGAAGCAAACUUCAAAUCACGAGAUUCUUGAUACCGUAGAACUGACUUACAGGAAGCUGUGGGAUUCUGGAUACUGAUUCUAACCCGAGAAAUUGCAAGGCUUGGGAUUUCCUCCGAUGAAAUCUGCAAGGCUUGGUGUCCCUGGAAUGUUAUAGACUAGAAAUAGUUUUUUUCUUUUUUUUUGGGUUAAUUUUUCAGCUGCCUUCACUGAUUUUUAAUGUAAAUAAAAUUCUCGUUUAAUGAUUGAGAAAAUUGCUAUUUUUAA